GAGUCAAUCAUCUGUUAAUGUUUAAUAAGGUCAAAUUUAAUGUCAAUGCAUUGUGGACCCUAUAAAAGUCUGGACUGUAGAUCUUCAUCAGAUCACUCUGACAGAAGCAUCACCAUGAAGCUGCUUCCAGUCCUCAUCUUUCUCCUGGCUCCUCAGCUGAUCAGCUGUUUGCCCUUCAUGCCGUUCGACUGUAAUGACAUCUAUAAAGAUACCAACUACACCCGGCCCAGCGGCGUGUACACCAUCUACCCCAUCGGAUCCACGUCUGCUGUCCAGGUGUUCUGUGACAUGGACUCCCAGGGAGGCCGAUGGACAGUGUUCCAGAGGAGGAUGGAUGGCUCGGUGAACUUCUACAGACCCUGGGAUCAGUAUAAGAUGGGCUUUGGGAGCGCUGCUGGAGAGUACUGGCUCGGUCUUGAAAAUAUUUUCCAUCUGACUCUGAGGAAGAGGUCCGAGCUGCUGGUGGACAUGGAGGACUUUGAUGGAAACACGGCGUCUGCUCGUUACACCUCCUUCUCCAUCGACUCUGAGACAGACGGAUACACCCUGCAUGUUUCUGGAUUCAAGGAUGGAGGCGCCGGAGAUGGUCUGGUCUAUCACAAUGGAAUGAAGUUCUCCACCUUUGACAAAGACCAGGACUCAUGGCCUAACAACUGUGCCAAAUCAUUCUUGGGGGCGUUCUGGUACAACGACUGUCAUAUCACCAAUCCAAACGGGGUUUAUCGCUGGGGGGCCGAUAACACUCUUUAUGCUGUAGGAGUGGAGUGGAAACAUUGGAAAGGCCAUGACUACUCCCUGAAGAGCAUCAGCAUGAAGAUCCGUCCUGUUCAGUAGACCACCAGGACCAAUCAGCUGAUCAUCAACAUGAUCUCUUUAGAUGGUAAACACCAGCCUCUCUGAUCAUGUAGAAGGAGCUCCACAAGGAGACCAGAAGGUUUUCUAAAUCCAGUCUGGUUGAGCUCUGAACACCUGUUGGUUCUUACCUGAUGAGAAUAAAUGAGCAGAAACUGUC